UGAUGUUCGGCCGCUCUUCUUCCGCAUCGGUGCCUGUCGCCCCUACCCCAGUCGUUGUCGACGGCUCCUGGUCCUGCAGACACCGGCGCCGCCGCCUCUCUUCCUCUAUCCAUCUUCAUUGUUGUCAGUGAUAAGCAUAAUGGCCUCAGCCCCAAGACAACUUCAGGUCCUCCGCCGCCAUCUUCCAAUGUGCUGCCAUUAUCGUCAGACCUCCACUAUCCAGUGUGAUUUAGUGCCAUCACAAACAGACGAUAAAUCGCUUGUAACCCAAGUGGUGCAACUUCUCCAAGUACCUGAAAAUGAGUGGAAUGCCGAUCAGCUUCAUCCCAUGCUGUUCUCUGCCACCACCAUGCCUUGCCACCUACUCACAAUCACACUUCAUUUGGGUUCCUCUUCAAAAGCCUUCAAUUUUCUUGAAUACGUUAGGGCAAAUGCACCAUCUGAGCAGAGCUAUUGUCUAUCUCCCAUAUUCCAUGGCGUUCUUGAGCUUUUUAGUAAAGAGCCCGUUUCAGAAUAUAAGCUUUUGGAGAUUUACAAGAGAGUCAAGCAAUGGCACAUCCCGCUUACUUCAAGAUCAGCCACCCUUUUGAUUCAGUGUCUCAGAGCUGCUAAAAUGGUGGAUGAGUUGCUUCUGCUUUUCAAUGACCUUGACCCUUCCGUGAAGAAAACUCAUGUUGUCAAUACAUUGAUUAGUGCAUUGUUUAGAUUGGGGCUUACUGAGAGUGCAGUCCAAGCGCUAGAUGAAAUGUGUAAACCAAAUACUAUGUUUCCUCCAAACAAAGUCACUGGUAAUAUUGUUCUUGCUGAAUUGUUAAAGAGGCAAAGCCCUGUAAGAAGCAUUACUGAUGAGGAAAUAGGUCAGUUGGUGAGGAAGCUAAGUGAACAUGGUGUUUUCCCUGACACCAUCAAACUCACACAUCUGAUCACCAAACUCUGUCAGAAACAAAAGACUUGGCUUGCUUGGGAUCUUUUACAUGAUGUAAUGAAAAUGGGCGGUGCAGUUGAAGCCACUUCGUGCAAUGCCCUCUUGACAGGGUUGGGAAAGGAUAGAGAUGUGAAGAAGAUGAAUGAUCUCUUGGCCAAGAUGAAAGAAAUGGAUAUACAGCCCAAUGUUAUAACCUUUGGGAUUCUUAUUAAUCGUUUAUGCAAGUCUCGGAGGAUUGAUGAUGCAUUGAAGGUGUUAGAAGAAAUGAGAGGGAAAGGAGGGAGUAAAGGGAUGAAUGUUGAACCUGAUGUGGUCAUAUUUAACACCUUGAUUGAUGGACUUUGUAAAGUUGGGAGGCUUGAUGAGAGCUUGAGCUUGUUGGAACAAAUGAAAAAUGAUUGUAGGCCAAAUACCAUUACAUAUAACUGCUUGAUUGAUGGUUUCUGCAAAGCGAGCAACCUUGAUAAAGCACAUGAGCUGUUUGAUCAAAUGAACAAGGAAGGAGUGAUACCAAAUGUGGUCACCCUCAAUACACUGAUUGAUGGUAUGUGCAGACAUGGGAGGAUCAGCAGUGCUGUUGAGUUUUUCAACGAAAUGCGAAGGAAAGGCAUAAAAGGGAAUUCUGUGACCUAUACUUCUCUAAUUUCUGCCUUUUGUCAUGUGAACAAUAUUGAUAAGGCCGUGCAAUAUUUUGAUAUGAUGCUGAGCUCUGGAUGCUCCCCAGAUGUGAUCGUUUUCUACAGUUUGAUAUCUGGUUUGAGUCUUGCUGGGAGGAUGGAUGAUGCUACUUUUGUUGUGUCAAAGUUGAAAGAAGCUGGAUUUGGUCUUGACUUAUGUUGCUAUAAUGUGCUGAUAAGUGGAUUCUGUAAGAAGAAGAAGUUGGAAAGAGUAUAUGAAAUGCUACAGGAAAUGGAACGAACUGGAGUUAAGCCUGAUAUUUACACAUAUAACACUCUAAUAUCCUUCCUUGGCAAAAAUGGAGAUUUUAAAACUGCUUGUGAGAUGCUAAGAAAGAUGAAGGAGGAGGGUCUUUUUCCUUCUGUUGUCACUUAUGGGGCAGUCAUACAUGCUUAUUGUUUACAUGGAAAUGUUGAUGAAGCCAUGAAAAUGUUCAGGGAAAUGAGUUCUGCAUUGAAGGUUCCUCCCAACACUGUUAUAUACAACAUUUUAAUAGAUUCUCUGUGCAAGAUUAAAGAUGUAGAAAGUGCUCUUUUUUUGAUGGAUGACAUGAAAGUGAAAGGGAUUAGACCUAAUACAACUACAUAUAAUGCUAUUUUGAAAGGCAUUCAGGAUAAGAAAAUGUUACACAAAGCAUUUGAACUAAUGAAUAGAAUGGUUGAAGAUGCUUGCAGGCCUGACUAUGUGACCGUGGAUAUUCUAACUGAAUGGCUUUCUGCAGUUGGUGAAAUGAAAAAAUUGAAAACUUUUUUGCAAGGGUACAAGGUUUCAUGUUGUACAGCAAAGUGGGUCUAGUUCAUGGUUUGGAUACUUAAUCAAUUGAUCAUUAUUCGUGUUUCAACACAGAAAAGCAGGUGCACAUGUAUAUUCAUUCUACUUGGGUUAGUUAAAUUUUGCAUGACUUCUUUACUUGCUUUAUAGGCUUCAGCAGCUUUGGUCAUGAUAUUGCUUGUUGCGAUUGCUCACUUUUAAAACUUCUAUGAAGUGGAUAUUUGUUAUUGUGAUGAUUCCUUUUUUUCUCUGGAUGGGGAAGAAGAAUUUUGAAUUAAUUUUCUUUUUAUUUACCUCUUCAAUUUUGCUUCUUCCUUUUCAAGAUCAGUUCUGCCUUUCUCUGUUUCUUUUUAUUUUUAUUUUUAUUUUUUUGGGUGGCUAUAUUUUCUCUAAUUUCUAUAUUUUCAUUUAUGUGUCUCUUUUUUGGCUAUAUUUUCACCUUCAAAUUCAAAUUCUAUAGAAGUCAGUUGUGCCCUCUUUAGUGAAUGUGCUAAAAAUGCUUAUUCAGCUAGUUGGAGGAUAUGCACUUUUCAGUUGUGACUGUCAUGCAACUUGCUCGAGUUUUGUAUCUUUGGGGGUAAUUCGUAAGCGUUUUUGCUGUUAAAGAAUGUUCAUUUUUGUUUAAGAGUUUGGAUUUAUAGAAUGCCUGUAUUUGUCAAAGAAGAGAGAUUUGGAUGGGAGGUAUUUGUAACAGUUUGGAUUUAUUUAAAUCAGGUAUAAUAUUCAUAAUGUUUAUUUGACCUGCAUUUUUUAAUCUGACCAGUGCUGGCACAAGUGAGCCUGCUAUCAAUUCUUUUGUUAGAAUAACAGCAUUCAAUGAGAUGAAUACAAUUAUAUUUUUUGGCUUUAAGACCUUACAAGGUGACAACUUGCAACAAUUUGUAGAAGGUUAGCAUGGAAAAUAUCUUUGCUUAUGACAAGCAUGCUUUCUACUAUCAAUAUAUCCAAGCUCUCGCAUAGAUGGGAAAUCAAUUAAGAAAAUCAAGAUUAUUAUUAUUAUUAUUAUUUUUUUUUUUUUGUGGUGAACAAAAUUUUUUAAUUCAGGUAACAUCUGUUGGUUUUAUUGAGUCUUAUAUUUGUUUUAUUAUAUAUUGAUGUUUUAAAUCUUCUUUAACUUUUGAGGUGAAAAGGGAAAAAGUGAAAAACCUUUUUCAACUUCAAUAACUGAACUUCAUAUUUAAUAUUGGGGCUCAAUAUUAGUUUCCUUGUACCGUCUUGCUUGGAAUUUGGAAUAAAUUAAAUCCUCAACCUCCUUUACCCAAGGUUCUGUGAAAUAACAAACUCAGUUAUUGAAAUUCAUGUAGGCAAAAUAUUUAGAAAUGAAAGAGUUUAGAAUGUUAUUUUUCCCCCCAUCCGAGCUUGCCUAAAAAUUCUUUUGUACACUGUUACCUAGUGGGACAAGGCUUUUUGUUGUUGUUACAACUAUUCACGGUUUGCCUGAUUGAGCAUUUCCCCCUUCAGCUAGUUAACUCAUUUACCAAUUAUGAAUAAAAGGAUAAGUAUUCAACCGUUAGAUCUCCAACUGAACUGCAGGCUGAUAUAACAUUUAGAGACUACAUCCAGAAGCUUCAAAUGAAUGCCAGAACCAUGUAACUUCACUAUGGUACGCUACUAUUCAGUAUUCACUUUAAUCACCGGAUUGAGCUAAAAUGAAUUGAAUCGUGCGCUAGCCUGGCGUUUUAAGUGCUUGUAUCAUAACUUUUUCACAUCCAGGCUUAGUGCUGAACGGCCCUUCAGAUAAUUUAUCUCUUGCACCAAUCACUUGAUACAACCGUGUUGCAAGCUUAAAUAAUGCAUAUUUUACUUUGUCUCCAGCACUCACGAUUUAUCUCAUUGUGAGGAUAAAUUAUGAUGAUUGGACUAUUUUUUAAUUUGUUUCCCCUGCUUCCUUAUUUUGCACUGGAAUUUAGUAACUUUUUGUGAAAAUCUCUUUCAAGCUUCAUGUAACAUGGCAGGUGUGAUUAUGUCACCAGGCUUGAUACCCUGAAGUUUGAAAAAACGACAUUUUGAAAAUCUCCCUCACAAGUCUUGUAAGACCAUUAUAUAAUGUUUCUAUUUCACUUACGAUUUUGCUUUUGCCCCGCUGUAUUUGGUAUUUUCUGAAUACCCUCACCUUUUGACCUAUUUAUUUAUUUUUUCUAAUUUACAACAGCUCUGAUGAUUAUUUUUCUAUUCUUCCUACCCACCCAUCGCCUGUGCCAGAGCUUUCUAUGAGUGCUUCUGUCUCUAUUUUGGAGCCUGUGUUUUCAAGGCCAGUGGUGUGGCGGGUCUUCUUGAGAGUGGUGUUUUCCAGAACUAACGUUGAUUUGUGAGAGGCCAGUGUUGUGGCAGGGGUCGUCUUCUAAUUUAUUUUUGUCAUGUUCGUAUGUAUAGGUCUGAUUGUUGGUAUCAAGAAAGGCUUAUUGAUCUGGAUAUGAUGUUGGUUUAUCCAAAGGUUUCUCUUUCUUAUUAUUAGGCCUAUUGAAUCUGUCUUCUUUGGGGGGGAAAAAGAGGGGGGGGGGGGGCGAAAAGAAAAGAGAGACUGCCUGAUUUUUAGAUGACAAUUUUUUGGGAAGAAGCUUAUCAAAUGUCAAGUGAUGUUAGAGGAAGGUAAAUUAGAGAUAUUUCUUUGUAUGUUAUGCUGUUGUCUUCUCAUGUAUGCCAAUGGCUAUUGUCAUGGAAAACUGUUUUGUCCCUAUUAUAUGAAGUGUAGAAAUUUUUAUUCAUUUCAUUGUCAAUGACAAUUAACCAGCCACUUACAGUUUCACCACGAUCAGUCAAAUGGGAUUUGGUUAUUUGAUACACGUGGAUGUGGUUUAAGCUGGAGGGCGGUUCAUCCAAAAUAGGUAAGCUUGAAGGUUUAGCCAAUGCAUAAGAAGCAAGAAAAUGUGCACUUCUAUUGUCUUCCUUCUAACAACUUCCUUUUGUUCCCCCGGACAUGGAAUUAUCAUAUUGCUGGCUCCUUUCCAUGUCUUUGACGUUUACCUAAUCCAUCAUAGGAUGCCCCACUUGCCUAUAUUGGGCCUCAGCCUGACUUCUGCUAUUAGCCGGCUUUUAUCUGACAUUCUUAAGAAAGGAAAAAAUAGUUAUCCAUCACAUAAGCGUCAACCUUGGACAAGGUGUGUGAAGUUGAAAGAACAAGUCUAAACUUCGAAUCACAAGUCUCUCACUGCGUGCCACUAAACUUUCCUUUCACUUUCCAAGCAUCAAUGGAACAUAAAUAUCUUGUGCUGAAAGCUUUGGCUACAGACUCAGAACACUGUUCAUAAGCCAUUGUAUUAAAAAAUAUAAUAAAAAAUUCUCACUUCGGGCUGCGUGAAUGGAGUGUAGUAUUUGUUUGUGUCAUACAUGGAUGGAUACGAGGGUCCUCAGGCUGUCAUAAAAGCAGAGAAUAGAGCAUCAGUCACCUCCUUACUUUCAAGCUCGUCUGAGUUAUUCCCAAACAUUUGAUCUAGCUUCGUGUCUACCGGUAUCACUGAGGAGAUGUUCUACCUAAUACCGCAGGCAUUUCUCUCUGAUCUUAAGGUUGGUUUUAAUGCGCCUGUCAAGGUGGAACAGCACAUUACAAGAGAAAGAGUCCAAGCCAUUAGGUUACUUGAGCGUACACUGAAGGAAAUUCUGUCCAUAGAUUUUAUUUUGUAUGAUGAUAAGGUAUCACCCACCUAGUGGGAUAAGGCUUGUUGUUGUUGUUGUUGAUGAUAAGGUAUCAACCAUGAUCGUAUAUAUCGUCCAUUCUUGUAAAUCAUAAUUGUUUUACAUCUAUGGCAAGAAUCGGGCAUUGUAUGAGAAACAUAUUGUUUUACUGCUGGAAUCAUGUCAGGAGAGCUCACCGUGGUAGUUGAAUACUGUGAGAAUUCAAGUGGUGAAGUGUAUCUUGCGUGGAAGGUGGGUAGAGGACGUGAGGAAGCACUAUGACUCCCUUGAGUGACAGAAGAACGUGUUGUUGUUAUCUAGUAUGUUAUUAGUGCAUUCCCUUCCGAGAUAGGUAUGCCAACUAAGAUAUCCGUUGACGGUGCUUCUCUGGUACAAUGGAACCCGCAAUACCCUGAGUUGCAAAUGCUAAGGAAUCUUAUGAUCGAAGAAUGACUGGAAUGAGCAGCUGUGAUGAAGCCAUUAUUGUGUAUCAGUAUUAUGGUUUAGUCGUAAAUUUAAGGGUCCAUGAUUUAGAAGCACUUGGGGUUAGUUGUGCUAUUUAGUAUAACAUGUAAGAACUUUAUCUUCUUUUGUCUUUAGUGGUUCUAUAAUGGGUUAAAUUUAUUUUGGGCCAUGUUUCCAUGAUCGUUUUGGGGUUAACCCAUUUUGUAAUGGUAUCUAUAUUUUUAGAAUGGUAAUGUUGGCUUCAUCAUGUAUGUUUCUGCGAAGUACUCAAUAUCAGUUGAAAUUGUGUUUACCGAA